AUGAGGAUCUGGGUAGCAUCUCUCAUCUUCUACGGGUCCGUGUUCGCCCUGUGCGAACUGCUCCGAUUCCUCGUUAUCAAGUCGUUCGACAAUCCGAAACGACUCUCGGCUCUUCUCAUUCUCGAGGUACGAAACGUAAACUCGAUGCCUUCGCAAGUUUCCUUCUUCAGUUCAUCGGUACUUUGCAAAUAUGCGUUCCGAUGUUCGACGUCGGCACAAUUCUCGAAAACUACGGUCUUCUGGGAGUGUUCGUGGAGAUCACUGUCAUCGAAUUGGCCAACUGCUACUUCCAAAGGGACGCCGUCGCGCAUCCAUGUCCCCUGGUCACCAAUUGUUACCGAAAGAGCAAGGCGCUCCGCAGAGCCGCCUACGUAUUCCUUGUCCAGUUGGCUGCCGGUUAGUUUGAAACUGUCGGAAGUCUGAUAUGCAAUAAAUCUUCAGCCUAUCUCUCCUAUUUCGUCGCUCGAUUGUUCUGGAAGAUCGGAGUGCAUCCGGUUCAUUUGGAGCUGCUCGAUCAGGAUUCCUGCACUUCCGAUCUUACAGUAAUCUCGCCAGGCAGCCUUCUGAUAUCAUAAAUUCCAUUCAGGUUGCCAUAACGACGGGAUGCAUCAUUGAGGGGGCGGCCACGUUUCUGGCAAAAGGAUUCGAGAAGUGGGUCGAGCAGAAAUACGACGGCGAUACGAAACUGUGCUCGAUUGCCAACUGCCUCUUCUCCGGACUUCUCUGCGCCAUUGGUAAGCGAAUGGAAGUGCGUUCUAAAGCGAACCGAAACAAAUUUCAGGAAUAAAUUAUACGGGAAUGUACGCGAAUCCGAUCGUCGCGUGGGCGUGCACUUUCAACUGUUUGGGCGUUUCUCACGCCGGCCAUCUCUUCGUUUACUGGCUGAGUCCGCUGAUUGCCUGGUGAGUGCACCGCGCAUUCGAAUGCAAUUCAGAUUAAGAAUAAUUCAGGUACUUUGGAGAGAUUGUGUUCGGAGCAGAAGACGUGAUUGAGGAAGAGGAAGCAGAAAAAGAGGCCAAGAAGAUCGAGUAG